CCUGUUUAGGAGCCACAAAGCAGGCGCCUGUUUUCAGUUCUCAAAACAGGCGACUGUCUAACCCCCUAUUUUUUAGCUUGCAUAUGCACAAACGACCAGCUGGCUGGCAUCUCCUCGUAGCACGGAGAAACCCGCCUUCAAACGCGCGCGGCCACCGUUUCCGAGCACACCUAGUGCGUGGAUUCGUUGCUAGCUUCCACGCUCUUGUUGAGCACAACCGUUUCAAAACGAACCCUCGGAUUUCGCCAAGACUUCAUUUCGUCUCGCCUCCUCCGGCGCCCGGCAGGCACUGCUUCCCUGAUCCUCUUGGCUAGGGCCUAGGGCAACGGAAACCUCGGGCGCGGGCAUCCUUCGUGGCUAAGAUGGUAGGCCGCGCGUCCAGCCGCCGAUUGACGGAAGGGGAGCAGAGUACUGCCGCGCCUCGUGAGACCGCCACGGAACCGGCCACGGGCCUCCGGAAGAUCGUCGCGAUCCGGCAGAUGCUCCGUCGCUGGCAAUCCGCAGGCACCACCGCCGCCAGAGCAUCGUCCAACAACGCCAGCAGGACCAGCGGCGCGCCUGCCUGCGCCUCGGAUCAUCAGCACCAAAUAAGCCGCGGCAAGAAGAAGCCGGCGCCGGAGGGGAAUCGCGCGUACCGGCGGCUGCUGGAGUCGGCGGCGGCGGGGGAGGAGGAGCCGGUGACCCCGGGCGCGCCCGCGGGGGUGCCGCGCGGGUGCCUGGCGGUGUACGUCGUGGGCGGCGCGGACUCCGCGGAGCCGGAGCGGAGGCGGUUCGUGGUGCCCACGGCGUGCCUGGACACGCCGGCGUUCAGACAGCUGCUGGAGAAGGCAGAGGAGGAGUUCGGGUUCUGCUACGCCGGGGGCGCGCUCACCAUACCCUGCGGCUGCGACGCUGAGGCUUUCGAGCACGUCCUCGUCGUCAUGGACCGCCGCCGGAAGGGCCUCGUCGACGACGAUGGGAACCCCACGGAGGCAGCAGGCGAAAAUGGCGAAUCAUCGGGGAAACGAGAGUGAGCUCUGACAGGAUCGACGUGAACCACGGGAUUGGAGCGAGCAACGUCGAUAUUGUGAAGCGGAUUUUCUUUUUCUCUUCUUCUUUUGUUCCACGUGCGCAAUUGUGCAUGUUAGCUAUCGUGAUUCCCGGCCGUUGUCAGGGUUUCUGCAAGGUCGAUUUUCACGCGCCUUUCUUCUCCGCGGGAAUUUUGUUGCUGUCCGACCGUGAAAAUCGCGAUGCUUAUUGUAGCGUCCGGACACACCCGACUGGAAUAGAACCACAUUUUUACUCGUGAGA